CGGUUUUGUAAAAUCAAGAAAGAAUGAUGGUUUUAGAUCCAUAGAACCCAAAAAGGACUGGAUUAGUAAUCUGAAUGAAAACCUGUCUGUGAAGAACAACUAACCAAUCAGUGAAGCUGAUACAGAAUGACAAACAGCUGACAAAUCAGUGAAUCUGACAGAAUGACACAUAACUGAUAAAUUAGUGAAAUUGACAGAAUGACUAACAACUGGCCAAUCAGUGAGCCUGACUCAUUGGAAGAUCUGUGUGUACAAGCAUGUGUUAACAAUGUACAAACUCUAGCUGUGAAAACAGAUGAUCAACAAUUGCAAUAUGAACUGAAACCAGGAGUUUGUUUACUGGUUCCCAGUCUGUGUGAUAAGCUGUUCAAAAAUUUAUUAGAAUCUCAACCAGAAAACAAAACCAGAGAUCUUUCAACCUUGUUUACCAGCAAUGCACCAUAUCUGCCAUGGUUAAGAAUAUUUGCUGACACUGAAAACACAAGACUAUGCAAAGUAUACCUUCGAAAAAGUCUUCUUCAUAACAUAUAUCCAAGUAAUCUAAUAGAACUAGUACUGAAUCACCCACUUAAACAAUUGGAGUUGGUAAACUGCUCCUUCUCAUGUGAUAUAUUUAAUUUGAUAAGUUCUUCCAAGGCUGGACAUUCAUUACUGUCACUGAGUAUAGAAGACAGUGUUGAUAGUGCUCUGAAGAAACAUUUCAAAGUAUUAGACUUACAACCUGGUGAUACAAUACCCCAUAUCAAACUUGAAUGUCCACAUUUACAGAGGUUGGUUCUGCGUGAUAUGAGAGAACACGAUUUAGGUCUACUACCAGGAUGUGAAAUUGUACAUUUGUUCUCACAACUGACACAUUUGGAUCUCUCUAGAUGUAUCUUGUCAAGCACUGCUGUAAAAUCUAUGAUGCAAUGUCAAAAUCUUGUCUGGUUAAAUUUAAACUGUGUAGAAUUUCCAUCACAUGCUGACUUUGUUACGAGUAUAUGCAGAAUUACUAAACUGAGGCAUUUAGAUAUAUCAUCUGAUGCUGGUUUAUCGCAGUGUAACUACCCUAACAGCUCUACAUUCAAUCCAGAACUAAUACUUACAACCCUGGUAUCUCACCUACCCCAUCUGGUAUCCCUUGAUAUAUCUGCUACCAAUCUAGCAGGCAGGGAUACAGUACAAAGGUCAUUCAAACUAGAGGCCAAAGGAGCUGGGGACUGCAAAGAUUCAGAAAGAUGUUGCAUACCAGGAUUAGAAGGACGCCAUUUUGAAUUUCUUGGUCUAUAUAACUGUCCGUUUGAAUCAUACAGAAGAGAAAAUAUUCCUGCUAAACAGAUAACAGGAAGUAAGAAUGAAGAACAGCUCCUCCUAGCGUUACGUAGAUAUGUAGAUAGACGUGAUGAUUUAAAUGAUGUAUUGAACCAUCUGUUUACCUUGUUUAAGGAAGAAACAGUAAUAAACCAAUCAGUUGCUUUAGAGGGAAUUCUUGCAGCAAUGAAAAGACAUAAAGAUGAUAAGCACAUUCAAAUAUCAGGGAGUGCCUCAUUGUUUUAUAUAAUGAAAGGUGAACAGAAGUUAUACAUCACUCAGAAGCAAAAAAGGGUGUUGAUUAACUGUUUACUGGAGGGCAUGGAGGAUCCAGAGGCUGAUAAUGUUAUGAUAAGAAAUUGUUGUUUGACUUUAUGUCACCUUACAAUGCCGCAAGAUGUGUUACAUUGUUACCGUAGAAUGAUUUCUACAUUACUAAAUUUAAACCAUGAAGAUGGACAGGAAGAAUUCAUUCAAAGAAUCACACUGUAUAUGAUAAACCACCUUGCUUGUCAAGUAGACGGAGAGGAGAAGAAAGUUGUUGGAGAUCUAGGUGCAAUUCAGAUUAUGUUGGAUACAAUUCAAAACAGGCUGAAUGAAAAUAACUGUGAUGAAAUCAUGGAAAUGGCGUGGAGUACAAUGUGGAAUGUCACAGAUGAAACAGCCAUAAAUUGUGACAGAUUUAUGGAACACAAUGGAAUGUCUUUAUUCAUAGAAUGUUUAGAGACUUUCCCAGAAAAACCUGAAUUACUCAGAAACAUGAUGGGACUUAUGGGUAACAUUGCUGAAGUACCAUAUUUAAGACCAAAACUGAUGGAAAAAUCAUUUAUUGAGAUAUUUUGUGAGUUAUUAGACUCUGAGAAGGAUGGAAUAGAAGUUAGUUAUAAUUCUGCUGGUGUAUUUUCUCACAUGAUGGCCGAUGGUCCUACUGCCUGGACAAUUCAGUCUCCUAGUCGAGAUCAUGUCACAGAAAAAGUCAUUUCUGCUAUACAGAGAUGGCCUCUGAAAAGUACAAGGAAUAUUAAUUACAGAUCAUUUACACCUAUUUUAAAAAUAGUAGAUGCUUACCAUGCUCUUGGUGCGCAGUAUUGGGCUGUAUGGGCUUUAUGCAAUUUGACAACAGUUUAUCCCCAGAAAUACUGUCCACUUUUAAAGAAAGAAGGUGGUGAAGAAAGAAUAACUUCAAUUCUUCAUAAUUCCAAAACAAUUGUUAAAAUAAAGGAACUAGCUCAUAAAAUAAUCAAAAACCUCAACACCGAUCCUGACAAUAGUAAUGAACCUGGAGACUCUGAAAAUAGUGACCUUGAAGAUUGAGGUCAGGAUUUUGAAAGUAGUGACCUUGAGGAUUGAGGUCAGGAUUCUGAAAGUAGUAACCUUAAGGAUUGAAGUCAGUAUUCUGAGAGGAUUAACUUGGUUCAAAUUUUCAAAGUGACAUUGAGGAUAAAGUGCAUGGCUUUCUUAGUAUUGAUCAAGCAAAUUAAGUUUGAAGAUUGUUGAAAAAGUGAUCUUGAGUAUUUAGUUCAAAAUUCUCAAAGGAGUGACUUUGAAAAUUGACUUUCUUUAUCGUAUUUUGAGUUGGCAAUAGAACCAAUGUUUAGUUUGAAUCAUCUCUAUUUAUUUAGUAGGUACAUGUGUACCGGUAGUUACAGAUUUGUCUCCAGAAAUUAUCAAAAAUCUGAAGCACAUUUUAAAGUCUUUGUCAUAAUAUUUUUGGAAUCAUUUCAUGUUCAUGCAGAUCCAUAAAGUUAAACAAUUAACAUCACAUAGAUUUGUAUAAUAAAUAUUUAAAAUGCAUUUGUAUGUUAUUAAAAAGUCAUUGUUUAAUUUGAAAUAUCUAUACAUAUAAUUAA